UGCUCCGUCCAUAUACCGAUGGAUGGAAGAUCGUCUUUCUUCCCCCAAAACAGAAGAAAAUUCCCAGCAGAACUCUUCAAUCUCUCUCAUUUUCAGACACAAAUUUCCAAGGUCGGAUAUUUCCAAAUUUACCCUCUGUGAUUUUCUAUUAUUACCAUUUUGACCCUAUGCAAUUUUCUUAUCUUUCUUUUUUUUUUUUCCUCUGAAAUCUGUUGAAUUUCUCAAAUUUCUUUUCCAUUUCUAUAUCUGAAAAAUCGCGCAAAACCCUAUCUCAAUAAACCCAUAAACCCAGAAAAUUUCCAUUUUUUGCCGUUAAAUUCCAUCAAAUAUUUCCAAUUUUCGUUUGAAUUCUUUGAACCGAGGAAAAAAUGCGAUCCUUUUGAACAUCGGAUGAUCGAUGGAGAGGAACAUCCAGAAGAAUUCAAACUCCUCCGAUGCCACGGCCGCCACCUCCAUCGAUCCGUUUGAUGGGCAUUCAUCCUGGAUUGGUCAGAAAUCGGACAGUGACGAUUCACCAGCCCCGUCGAAUUACUCUUCUUGCGAGGAAUCGGAGUUUGAGAGGUACUGCAGUGCUAACUCGGUUGUCGGGACGCCGAGUGUGUGUAGUUCGGUCGGAAACUAUAGCGAGUUUUUGGGAUCGGAUUUCGGAUCUAUUAGGAAUUUGAGUUUUGGGGCAGAAGACUGUGUUUCGGAAAGUUUUGGGUUCCGGGGGCAGUUUGGGAGGAAUAAUAGAAAAAGAGGCGGGGUUGCAGUUUCAGGUGGUUUUGAUUGUGUAGCCGACGGUAGGAUUGGUUUUUGUAGAGAAAAUGGGGAUUUGGAAAAUGGCUUUCUGUUAAAAGAGGCGAUUGGAAAUGAGUCGAAGUUGUUGUCAGAUUCAGAUGCAAAUUCUUCAUCAAUUGGGGGUAAUUAUGGAGAGAACAGCGAGGAUGGUUUGAUACAGACGAGGAUUGGAAGUGGGUUGAAGUUUUUAUAUGGUCUUGAUGAAAAUACUGAUCCAUAUAGGGGUGUUUGCGAAGAACAUGAUAAUGAAAAUUCCGAGAAUGGGAUUUUGUUAGGAGAGGCUAAGAAUGGGUCGGAAUCGGUUCUAGGUUCUGACGUAAAUUCCAAGUCAUUCCCAAGCCCUUCCCAAAAUUAUCAAUCACAUAAGGCCGUUCAGAUAGAAAGUUAUGUUGGGAAUUUGAUGCCAUUCAGGACUCGAAAUGCGCCAGCGUUCUUGCCAAGCUGUGAUGGAAAUUCUCAAUUAGGUGCAGAUGGUUGCACUGAGAAAGACAUUGAAAGUUUCACUGAACAAGUUUCUGGAAAUUCGGGUGGUUGCUUGGAAGUGUCAACUUCUGUGCAUGGUGUUCAAGCUGAUGGAAGGGAAAUUGGGACAGUGCCAGAGUUGGAUGAGGAAACCUCAUCCAGAUAUGAACAUUCGGAUGGUGACGAUUCGAUGCUCGACUAUGGCACAGAUGAUGAAGAUAGGACCCGUUUGUUUGAAAGAAGAAACUUACAAUAUUUGAAGGAAAUAAAAACCAAGAAUGAGAAUCCAUUGCUCAUCAACUCAUCUGUGGCCUUCGGUUCGGAUGAUUGGGAUGAGUUCAUGCAAGAAACUGAGGAAAACAGCUUAGCACAUGUAUUUUCAGUUAAACCUUUUGAACGACAGCAUGUGCAUUUAGAAACCAAACAUAACCUUGUGGCGAUGACAGAUUCUGCUGAUAUGGCUCCUGCCAAUUCUUUAAUUCUUGAAGGAACCGAGCAAGAAGAGGAUGUGCGUGAUAUACCCGUUGCUAGCUUCCAAGUCCAAGAUAUCAAAGAAGCUGUUGAGGAUCUAAAAGGCUGUUCAGACGGGAACUAUCGGGAAGACAAGAAGGAUUCACGCUCAAGAAAGCCUCAGGCGGAGACUUACUCUAUGGAAGACAUGGAUGUAGUCGACAGUCAUUUGAAUGUCGAAGACAAUGCUGCUGAAAGGGAACUUCGAUGUGUAUCUAGUGAGGAAGUCAUCGGUCCUACGAAAGCCAAUGUUCUAGAAAAAGAUAUAUUGGGUGGAUCAGAGCUUUGUCUGGACCCUCUUUCUGAUGUUAUCAUUGAUGAGUUUCAUUCCAAAGCAUUUCAAGGUAUAGAGAAAGUGGGGUCUGGUGAAGACCAUGAGCUGGAUGCAUUCCCGCCACUGGCUGAGAAGGAAUCAGCUGCUACUGCUGACUUGGGCAAAGAGUGCCUUGCACCGGAUGAGGUCGAGAAACUCAAUGGAGAUGAAUUCUAUGAUGACAUGGUUCAUGAAAUGGAGGAAAUUUUACUCGAUUCAGAGGCAUCUCAUGGAGUGAGGUUCCCUCAGAGUAAUCGCGGAUCUUCAUCACAGCAGUCUCAGACUUUCAGAGAUGGUAGCUCAACUGCUUCUACAUCCAGUACAGAUUAUGCAUGCUUACCAAUCCCAUAUCCUCAGAAAAUUGAUUGGGUCGAAGUAAUUGGAGCAAAGCAGAAAAGGGGUGAUGUUUCCCUUGGGGAAAGACUGGUUGGUGUCAAGGAAUAUACAGUAUAUGUACUAAGAGUGUGGAGUGGCAAAGAUCAAUGGGAGGUCGAGCGCCGAUAUCGUGAUUUCUUUACCCUUUACCGCCAGCUGAAAGCUUUGUUUGCCGAUCAUGGUUGGAAUCUUCCCACUUCCUGGUCCAGUGUCGAACGUGAAUCCUUAAAGAUUUUCGGGAACGCUUCUCCCAGUGUUAUCAGCGAGAGGAGUGCUCUUAUUCAAGAAUGUAUCCGAUCCGUUCUGCAUUCUAGACCUCCUCUAGGAACACCAACUUCUCUGGGUUGGUUUUUAUCCCCUUGCAAAGACCCUUUUAGUUCCUCAGUCAUGAAAACUAGGUUGCCUCUAUUGGCGGAUGAUGGAAAACCGACUUUGUUUCGUGGAGAUGCGUCUACAGAAGGUGGUUCUUUCACGUUGGGGAAGACUAUAUCGCUGCUGGUCGAAGUACAGCCUCGUAAGUCUGUGAAACAGCUGCUCGAAGCGCAAUAUUAUACAUGUGCGGGGUGCCACAAACCCUUGGAUGUUGGAAAAACACUGAUGCGGGGACUCGUACAGACAUUUGGGUGGGGAAAACCUCGACUUUGUGAAUACACUGGUCAGUUGUUUUGUGCUUCCUGCCAUACGAAUGAGACUUCCGUUCUGCCGGCUAGAGUCUUGCAUCAUUGGGAUUUUUCUCUGUAUCCAGUUUCUCAGCUGGCUAAAGCAUAUUUGGAAUCUAUAUAUGAUCAGCCCAUGCUGUGUGUCAGUGCGGUCAAUCCUUUUCUAUUUUCAAAAGUCCCGGCCCUGCUUCAUGUUAUGGGUAUCCGUAAGAAAAUAGGAGCUAUGCUUCCAUACCUUCGAUGUCCAUUUCGAAGGUCCAUCCAGAGGAGCCUUGGAACUCGCAGAUAUCUUCUUGAAAGCAAUGAAUUUUUUGCACUUCGUGACCUUGUUGAUCUCUCAAAAGGAGCAUUUGCAGUGAUCAAAUUCUUGAGUCUCGCCUAAGGACAAUGUCAUCAGGCAGUAUCAGCGCACCACCUGUUUUUGCAACAAACAACCAAAAUAAUUGUAUCCAAGGGCAAUGCUAAGGCGAUAUGCACAAGGGUAUGUUGGAGAGGCAUCUCAUGCCACUUGUGCCAACCUGUCGUGCAUGCAAGAAUAUGGGAAUUCUUUGGGUGGCUCCUCCAUGAACACUUCUUGGCCCACGUUUUAGAAUAUUCAUGUUUAGUAAACAACAAUCAAUGGUCUAUAUUUGAUCUAUGAGUGGACCAUCCUGACUUUGGGAUCAUGAAAGGUUCAUGAUGGGGUCCCUGGAUCUUGCAUGUGUGCCACAGCGCCUAUCCUCAGACUUAUUGCCUGAGCAUCUCUUUGUAUCCAAUUGAAGUAGGAGCUAAACAAGGUGGUUUUGACUUGCAAGCCUGUAGUGCUCUUGGGCUGCUAGACAUAUAUUACAUGUUCUUCCAUGCACACACAUGAUGCUGAAUGUUUAUGGUGCAUGUGGGAAUAUGCGUACAUACCUUUACAUGGUCAAGAUAAGAGAGGAGUAGGGGACCUUUGGCAACUCACUUUGAGCUGCCCAUAUAACCCCCUCCCCCCUUGUUAGAAGAGACUCAAUCUGUCUCAUCUAAAGCUAGGGCUGCAACUCGGGUUCAGGCUGAGUUUAGGUCAGGUGGUCAAAUGUCCUUGGGUCUGGUCUGGCAGGAUAGAACAAAUUCAGGUUGGGCACCUCGGGUUUGAAUUAGGGUCGGGUCGGGUCACAGGUUGGGUCCUCUUGAGUGUGGGCCGGGUUCGGGUUGACCUUCUACCCGACCCAACCUGCCCAAGUACCCAUCUAAAGCUAUUCCAGCUCAACCUUAUCAGUUCAUUGACAUCUGUCAAGCCCACUCAAGUAUCAUGUGUAUGACAUAUCACCAUGCAUGCACAUCUUUUGCAUGGAUGAACCCUUAUGUAUAUGCAUGCUGUCUUUUACAUUCUAACUGUUGCAUUUUCUUGC